AUGGACAAGACCUCGUUGGGCGACGGGCGGACCAGCCUGGGAGAGAACAGAGGGCAGAGAGGCUGGCUGAGAAGCGCCAGAGUCUGCGGACCUUUGGACGGAAAGAUCCCUCGCCCCCUGCAGCUGCCGGGCCUGCGAACUGGGCGGAUGGAGGCCGGCGCGCGCCCCGCCGCGGGCGAGAGCGCUCCAAGCCCAGCCGAGGGAGGAGCCGCCGCCCAGGUGGGACAGGUGCGCAGCCUGAGCCCAGGCGUUUCCGCGGCGGCGGCCAGGGGAGGCGACUGCUCCCUGGCCCGCGCAGGCAGAGCCAAACGGACCCUGGGCCUCAGGAUCCAGCUCUGGGAAGCCGGUUUUGUCUGCCAGACUCCACCUCGGAAGAAAGUCAUGGAAGCGGAAGGAUUAAGAAACUUCAAGGAACUUCGAGCCAAAUUUCAAAAUCUUGAUGCAUCAUGUCUUUCAGGACCUAUUAAAUUCCCAGCAGAUGUUUCUCAAAAGGGAGACUUUGGAAGUAGACAGUCCACAAAGACUUUGGCCAGUGGGAAACCCCCCUCAUCCAGCCACAAUCAGCACUCACCCAACUGUGCUGAUGGUGAUCCCCAGCCUCUUAAACCCCAGGAAGUGAAGGUGACUCAGAAGAGUGAGACUCAGAAAUGUUCUAAUUACCUGGAACCUCCAAGUAUUUCUGGUUCUGCAGUAAGUUCACAGAAGGCUUCUCCGCAGUUAGAUGUGUAUCAGUCAAAUGGCGAGAUAGGCAGUAAGAAGAAAGUAAUGGUGAAUGAUAGCUUCAGAAACAAGCUCUGGAGCUGGGAGGUUUUAUCUCAGAAAAGUGAGACACCAUCCGUCUUUCUCCCUGCCAGUUGUGGAAGCAGGGCCUUCCAUCUAAAAGAGCAGAAAAGUAUCAAGCUGACUCCAGAGGAGCCCAGGGAAAAGAUGGAAAUAAAAGAAGCCCAGUCCCUACCUUCCCACAGGCACCUGAUGGCCCAAAGAAGAUUGUGUGCCAUCUCUGAAGAUCCGACCUUUCGACUUUCUCAGUGUAGCAGGGAGAGCGGAACAAACUCCAGUCCUGAGAGGAGCCUGACAGGGAGUAUCUUUCACCCUGUCUAUGACAAUGAGCUCACCAGCCAGACCCCAGAGGAACAGUCAGAUGUCAGGCAUCCACAACUUCCCAAUAUCAAGCCACUGCCUUCCGUCGAGUCCCUGGGUCCUCCUCCCCCAAAGCCGCCAAGGCCCCCAGUUGUGACCCUCCAGGCCUUCCAGAGGCAGGCAGCUGCUCUUUCCAAGCCCGAUGGGGAAGAAGCUGCAGAAGGCGGCUACCUGCCUCCAGCGAGUGCUGAAUUUGAAGAACCACAUGAUUAUGAGGCAACAAUUUCCUAUCUGAGACACUCCAGCAGCUCCAUUAACCUGUGCACCGCAAAAAAAAUUGCCGAUUCAACUUAUGAAGUCAGAAUUGAAGAACUCCAAAAGGCUUGGAAGAGUUUUUGCCAUCAAGAACCUAGACCUGAAGAUGAAGAUAAACAAAUGAAGGAAAAAGAACCAUACCAACUGAAACUUCAAAACACAGAAGAUCUACACUUAGACCAUCUUUUCAAGGUGGAUAUCUAUGAAGAGAUGCCUGGGAAAACCCAGAUGGCAGAAGACCCCAGAGGUGGGAGAACCUUGCCAGCCAGAAAGCAGGAUGCUGCGAUGGACAUCAUCCGGGUGGAGGCUUGCCCUGAGGACUUCCAGCUGGCCAGGCACUCCAUAGACUACUGUGGUUAUGUGAAGACCUUGGAGAUGAAUAAAGAAACCCAAGGCCAAGGAGCCAUUAAGCCAAAUUCCACUUCAGAGAACUAUGAUGAUGUUGAGUGCUCUGGGAGUAAGAGUUCAGAUGGAAAAGCAUCACUUAAAAGACUGCAGAGAUUCUUCAAGAAAGAAAAACAUAGACUUAAGGUGAAGAAAAUCAAUUCAAGAGAAAAUAUAAGGGCAUUUUCCCUUUCGCUGCCUGAUUUAGACCUUAGGUCUCAGGAAGUUAUUAUCUACGAUGAUGUGGCCAUAAAUGGAAAACAGCCAGAUGAUGAAGAUAAAGGAAAAUCUUGGAAGCCCAAGUUUUUGGCAUUGAAAGAAAAAAAGAAAAAAGGUGCUAAAGAAUCAGAAAGGAGUUUCUUCAAAACCAAGAAGAAAAAUUUAGAAAAGGACAGGAUGAAAAGAGAAGAAAGACUUUUUAGAGAAAGAUUCAAGUAUGACAAAGAGAUUACUGUCAUCAACACAGCAGUGGUGUGUUCCAAUAAUUCAAGAAAUGGAAUAUCUGACUUGCCAAUAACCCCUGGAGAAGAACUGGACGUCAUCGAUAUCACUGAAGAAAAUCUAGUGAUAUGCCGCAAUUCUGAAGGCAAAUAUGGACAUGUGCUAAUUGAACAUCUAGAUUUCAAGAAACAAGUUUGGUCACCUUAGAGAGAUCAAGAUCAAGUGGUAUGGUCUGCUCAAGUGUGAACUAAUUCUAAGGUCUCAGCCCUGCUUUAUAUUAGUUUAUGUUGCCAGCAUGAGACGGUGGAAUCUGUGGAAAUUUUCGUUAACAACUUAGAAAAGAAAAAUCCUCCACAUUUAGAUGUUGGUUUUACUACUAAACAGUUAUCUUUCAAUGUCUAUUUCAGUAUGUAUUUCACUGCUGGCUCAGAAUGUGAAACUGUGUGUGUGGGCAUUUGAGCACUUGUUUAAUGAGCCAUGUCCAAAGUUAGAAACCAUGCCUUAUGGCACCUAGUCAGUUGUGCAGAUGGUUAGUUUGCUUCUAAUGCUUCUAAUAUUAGUACACGAGUGUUUAUAAUUUCAAGAUGAUGUUGUGCAUUUAAAUUGGGUGUAAUUUAAUUCUGAUAAGUAAAUAGUGUAACCAACAUCUUUCAAAUACUCCAAUUUCAGGUAUAAUCCUAAAGCAGGAGGACAUUUCUCAUUGAUUUUUAUCAUAAAACUAAGAAUCUAACAAAUGUUGCCAAAAAUUAGUUUCUUUGGGAAUAGGAUGCUGGAAAGUAGUUUUUUCCUAAAUUCACCCAACAUUUUGAGAAUUGCCUAAAUAUGUUUAAUAACAUUUAAAUUAUAUACUGUAUCUGUUUAAAAUAACCAUUUUUUACUUUAGACAACAGGAUAUUAUUUUGUUUAUGCCUUAAUAUGUAUUAAAAUAAUUUAUAAGUAUUUUUACUUACAGAGAAUAAAAAUCAGCUGAGCUGUAAAUAACAUUCUAUUUUUCAAAUGAUGUACACGGCGUGUUAGGCAGGGUGACUCUGACCUUCAAGGGCAUGAUCCAUGGCCUCAUCCUCUAUACUGUGACACUAUUUUUUAAGCUUCUAGGUUCUUUUAUCUUUUUUUUUUUCUUGUUCCAAAUGGCAUGUGCCAAGAAAGGCCAGGCUUAUUCCAGAUAAAAAGUAUCAAAGGUAUUCAUAGGGCUUAGAGAGGAAAAUAGGUGGAGAGAUUAUUACAAAUAACAGUUAUAACAACAUACAGGUGACACCAAAACUUGGUCUUUAAACAUAAUAUAUUUGCUGGACAAGACACAGAGAAGUCAAUGCCCUCCCUGGUGACCAGGGAGAAAUUCAAAGUAGAAGGAGCCUAGUGUAUCUGGUAGGAAGUAGCAAGAGCUGAAAUGGAGUAAGCCAGGGCUAGAAUGUAACAGAGGUCACUUGGACUUUUUCCUCUAGAGAGUAGGAACCAUCCAGAGGUCUUAAGCAGGAAGACAACACCAGAUGUCUGGAGAGAAAAGGGAAAAAAAAAAAUCACGGUAAUAUGGGUGACUGAUUAUGGAUGACAGAUAACAAGGAGAGACUAGUCAUCUUUGCAAUAUUCAAGGCAAAAGAGCACUAAACCUUAAGACAGCCACAACAGAAGUAUAUAUAGUACAGGAGCCCCAUUAGAGGGAGAGGUAAGAGAGAAACAGGAUUGAGAUGUGAUGAUGAAAUUUCUUUUUUGGGAGAUGAGAUUAAGGCUGACACCAAAGACUGGGAAUAUAUUUCCGUGUGGACCAGGCCCCCCCAACCCCCCAAAUUAAAUUUACUACUCUGAGAGGCAGGGCAGCCAGGCAACUGCAGCCGUCUCCCACACUGCAGGCACUGUAGGAGACAAGGCCAGGUGUGGCCCAGGCUGAGUGAGAGGGAGUGCAAGGCUGUGCUGAGCAGAGACCACUCAUGCAAUGCUCCUAUACAAAGAGGACCAAAACCUACAUAUCACUCUUGCCACCUCACCAAAACAUGACCUUAGAUCCUGAGGUGACAGUGGGACUCAAUUUUACCUGACACAGCUCUGUCCCAUUCACGUUGUCUCGUGGCAUGGCCUUGUAUUCUGAGUCCAUGACUUAGCUCUGAGUCUCUUAUUUCCUCAUCAGUAAAGCAGUGCUAAUAGCACUCACCUUGUCUACAUCUCAGGACUGUUGUCAGGCUGUAAUAGAAUAAUAUAGAUAAAUAAGUGUCCUAAAACCCUUAAUACAAAAUACUGUAUAAGUGUGGUUAUUUUAAUACCUGGCCUUUUGUGAAGUUGGAAGAUGUUGAACACAAACAGGUUUUUGAAAUUAAGACUUGAGAGAAUGGCUAGGAUAUCUUGACCUCUCAAAUUCAGAAGUCAUCUGUAAGGGAGAUCAAGGCAAAAAGGCUGAUGUGUACAUCACUGCAUAAACCCUGUGAGUGUGAUAUGGCCUCAUAAUCAAUCCAAGGUAUCCUUAGGUGCAUCAGGCCAUCUGCUCUAUUUCCUAAGGAGUGCAACCACUUCUGAUGAAUCCCACGGCUACCAGAAACAUUGUUAGGGGAAAACUGUCGUCAUUACUCCCCAGAGAAGGAAAUGACAACCCACUCCAGUAUUCUUGCCUGGGAAAUCCCAUGUACAGAGAGGAGCCUGAUGGGCUGCAGUCCAUGGGAUAGCAAAAGAGUCACUAUAAUUUAGUAAGAAAUCUUUUAUGUUAGUAAAUCUACUAGCCAAGAAAAGAGGAUAAAAAUCAUAUAAUGAAAAAGAAGCAUGUUGGUUUCAAUGAACUGUUAAAAUUGGAUGUACUAAGAUGUUAAUAAAAUAAUCCAGUCUUUAAAAAAAAAAAGAAUGGCUAGGAUAUAAAAAUUUUACAUAAAUAUACUUAACAGGUUUUUGAAACAACACUUUUCUAUGUUUUU